AUGACACAUCAAAGACAUUUCUGGCUUGUUAAAAUAAAUAUGGAAUCAGAAAAAUGAUCAUUUAUUUUAGAAAAUAUGACAUGUUGACACAAUUGUCUCCAAAUUCUUAAAGAGAAAACGGGCAGUGGCAAAGCACCUGGACGAUCAAAGUGAGUAGACCAAUUUACAAUCUGUUGUGCCGAGGGGCCAUUGGGCUGACGGCUGUGAGAAAUAACUACCUCUUUUUACAUUUAAAAAGCAGCCAUAAAAGUAACUUAAAAGUGACUUUCUCUAGUAACUAAUUACUUUUGAUAUACAGUAACUGGUAGAGUAACUCAAUUACUUUUAAAAGAAGUAAUUUUCAGUAACUUGCCCAACACUGGUUAUAUUAAUGCUGCUAGGUAAAAUGCUGGCAAAUGUGUACUCAGGAUAAUACUGUACGGUCUCACUGUCUCUCUCUUUAUCUGUUGAUAUAGCGCUGCAUAAGGUUGGAUUUGGUGACUUCCACACCCAACUCAGAAAUUGAAAAAAAAACUUAAGAUGAAGAAAUUUACUUUUAUGCCUCCAAAACACUCUUUGUUCAAUAAAUUAACCGAAACACAACAAACCUUUUCACAAAUUCAAAGGAGAUCAUCUUAUGACAGUAAGAGAAAAUAACCAAAAGCACAGAUUGCUUGGCCCUGUAUAAAUGUGUAAAGUAGCUGCGUUAAUUAACCCCGCGUUAGUUUGUGCCUUGCUCCCCCCUACUUAAUGCUUUGGAAAAUGUUCCCAAAAAGUCAGACAGAUACAGUUACUGAGACUAAGUUUCCUUAUUUCUUGAUAAUUGUGAAGAUGCAUCCUUCACUUCCAGAAAGAUCUUGUGGUCACAUUAGUGUUUCAGCAUUUCUAAAAAUAAAGGAGUCACAUGACAAGAUAUCAUUCUGAUCGGCACAACUGAAUCUGUUUUAAGAGCAGGCCCGCAUGAACAAUCUGAUAGUUAAGCUCGGACUGUCACUGGAUCAUCAAGAUGAAAAUCAUUUGUGUUGUUUUUCUGCUUUUCUUAGAUCUAUCAAACUGCUUUGCACAGUCAGAAGGAAACUUUGUGAUGUAUAGUGUGCAUUAUAACCAAUGCAUGACAAACAACCUGGAGCAACUUUCUGUCUGUGACCCACACGCUGACUCACAACAGUUUCGCUGGAUUUCAAAGGAUCGCAUUUUGAAUAUUUACACAAAGAAAUGCCUUGGUGUUGGUAAUAACACUGUACAUAAAAUGCUGCAGUGGUUGAUGUGUGAAGAUGACAAUGUUUUGCAGAUGUGGGAAUGCCAAAGCGAUUUAUUGCUUCGACUAAAGAAUGAAUCUCUGUAUCUUGCUGUAAAUGAUAAUGGUGUGCCACUCAUCUCUAAAGACACUGAAACAAAGAGUCAAUGGACAAUUCAGGGUACACAGAACAACAUUUGCUCUCGGCCUUAUGAAGUAUUAUACACAAUUGAUGGAAAUGCACAUGGGCGUCCAUGCCACUUUCCUUUCCGAUAUAACAAUAUAUGGUAUGCAGUAGUGAUGCAACAAUACACUUAG